ACGUCAUGAAGACAAUCUUCCGAGAUGAGAUGACGAAGGACGACGUCAAGCUCAUCUCUGCUCUCAAACGCGACCUCAACAUUGCCUGAUCAGCUUGUCAUGCGCAAUUGAUUGCAUCUUGUCUUCGGAUCUUGCUCAUUCUCAGCAUCGACCGACGCUUUGACCUCACGUCGACAAAUCCGCGGACUGAUGGCCUUGUUGCACAGACAUGCGCACGCGCCUAUUGGCCACAGCAAGCCUGUGACCGUCCGAGGUCUCGUCUGUGGCCAUCUCACUGUUCUCAGAUUGCUCGCAGGCACAUGACGGACGAUCGUACCGACUGACGGCAUCUGCUUUCGCUCCCCUUUGCUUCUCAAUCUCUGCCUAUCGCUCCAAGACGAGCAGGUCUCGGCGGCUGGUCCGCUCACGAAUCAUGCCAAAGCUAUGCACGAUCGGCACAGUCUUGGCCUUGGCGCGUACGAUCGCGGCCAAAGGUAAUGCAUGCCAGAUCUCGAUGACCUCGGCGCAGGCGGCUACAUACUCUCAGUUCCUUCAGCAAGGAUUCGAAAAGGCAACCCAGCAGGGCGAGGACGUUUUUACAGCUAGCUCAGCACAGCCUGGUAUGCUCGCGGCUUGGCGAGUCGCGUACACAGAUUUGCCAAAUCAACGAUAUGGGGCUGAGCUUGGGAUAUAUCAAGUUGGAGACGUCGCAGCGGCGAAUGCUCUACAAGCUGAUAGUGCAGCAAAUGUGACCUCUCAAACCAAAGGCCCUCGGACUUUCGGCGUUCAACUUCAGUUUGACGGUCAGACAGCCACAAGUGCUCCUAAUUCGAUGAAGCUCUACACCCAGAAGCAGCUAGCACGCGCCCCGGCGGACCAAAACGCGACGGUCGACAUUGCAAACCCUCAAUUUAUUACGACAUUGCCGAACAACGGCAUGCCUCUCGCUCUUGUCGGUUUGUAUCACUUCAAUGAGCAGAUGACUGCGCCCCAAGCUGCAGAGGUCAGCAGUGGCAAUUUCAGCUCCCUCGCGCCAUCGUCCAUCAAUCUGUACAGUGCGUCAACGACCGGCGCAAGAGCGAAAACAUCUCGCGUGCUGCGUCAGCAGCUCAAUGAUGUCACGCUUGUGGACACAACAUCAGCUACUGAUGCUACAACGCUCGUAGCGACGAAUGCAACCGACACUAGAUUACGUCGGCGGCAGACCUCUUCUGCUCCGCUCCAGAUCUUUCAAGAUUCGGAUUGUGCAUUCACUAUCUCGGACAGAGCUACGAAUGUUGCGGUAGAUGCAGCUACCGCCACAGUACAGUCCAUUACCCCGACUGCAACACAGAGCUCUUCCUCAGCUGCCUCACUCUCGCCAAUCAGCGCAACGGCAGCAGCAGCGAAUGCUGCGCCAUCAGCUUCGACCUUCCAGCUGCCGGGACAGAAGAUUGCUGUGGUACCGAUCGGUUUGGGCGUCUUUCUGAGCGUGACGCUCAUCUUCGGCGCCAUCAUCGGCUUCGUGACCUGGGAGCGCAAGAAGCAUCAGAAAGCAUUCGUAGAGAGGAAGCGCCUCUCAGAGAAGCCCUAGCUGGCCUUAUU